AGGAGUUCAAAAAUUUGAGGUUAAUGUCAAUUAUCAGAAAUACAAAAUGAGUAAAUAAGUUUUCUUAUUUCCUAACAAUUCAAAAUUUCGAACAUAGCAACUCUCGCAGCUACAUGUUUCCGUUCCGUCUGAAGAUUUCCUCCAGAAAUGUAAAUUUUUUCUUGUAUAGAAGAAUUUCGAAGAACCCAAAUUUCAACAAUAAGGAAUCUCAUUUCAUCAUGCCCAAAAAUCGACAGCAUUUGAAGGAAGCCCAAAGACAAUGGAUGAAGAAUAAGGAAAAAUCUACAAAAUACGUGCCUGGUAAAGUGGCACUACAAGUAUUAGGUACAGGAGCAAAAGGGGCCCCCAAAUGUCUAUAUAUUUUCUCGGACCAGACAAGGUAUCUUUUCAAUUGUGGUGAAGGCACUCAAAGAUUAGCUCACGAGUUGAAACUGAAGCUCUCGAAGUUAGAACAUAUCUUUAUAACUAAUCCAGUAUGGCAAAACAUUGGUGGUUUACCCGGAAUAAGUUUGACCAUGCAAGAUGUUGGAGUACCAGUUGUAAAUAUUCAUGGUCCUUCAGGAAUUCAAGAGAUGUUCGAUGCUGCUAAGAAAUUUGUCGUGUUGAAAAAUUUAAAAAUUUCAGUAAAAGAAUCUAGAUCUAUGGAUUAUUUUGAGGAUAAUGUUCUCAAAGUACAAUAUAUAGAAUUGAGAAGAGAUCGACAUGAUGAUUCAAAGAUCACAAAUGAAAAAACUUCUACCUCAAGUCAGGUUGGAGAAGAUAUUUUGUAUAAACGAGAGAGAAGGUCGAGAAGCAUAAGUUCCUCUAUAAUGGAUGAAAAUAGUAACUCUUCUUCAGGUAAAUCAUCAAGUAGGAGAAGACGGAGAAAGAGUAGACGAAAUAAAUUCCGAUCCUUAAGUUUAGACAGCUCUUCGAGUUCGACCAGUGAUAAAUACAAAAAUUUGGAGGGAAAAACGAAAGAUAUGGGUACUGUGAUGUGUUACAUUUGUCGAUUGCAAGCCAAACCCGGUGCAUUGUCUUUGGAAAAAUGUGUGACACUAGGGGUACCACCUGGGCCACUUUUGGGAAAGCUAAAAGCGGGUCAAGAAGUGGUUCUGGAAAAUGGUAAAGUGAUCAAACCAGAAGAAGUUUGUGAUCCUGAUGAUCCCGGCCCCGUAUUCAUCGUUGUUGAUUGUCCUUCGGAGGAUUUUCUUCCAUCGUUGGUGAAUAACGAGGAACUGAAGAAAUAUCAACGGUUAGCUGAAAGUGACGAUGAUGCUUGUUUGACAGUUAUUCAUUUCACUUCCAAGGAAAUUAUGGAAGAUUCAAGGUAUGAAUCUUGGAUGGAAUCGUUCCUUCCAAGUGCUAAACAUGUGAUAAUAAAUGAAACGAAUACUUGCAUGGGAAGUGCGGCAGUUCAUAGGGUACAGUACAAGUUGAAUAUUGUCCACCCGGAAAUAUUUCCUUUAUUAGGGGACAAUGGAACUCAAUUGGAGGAACUGGAGGGACAAUCUGAGUUGAAAAAUGGUGUAAAUAAAUUUUAUAAUAGGAUUCAAGCUAAUACUUUAACGGGAAUACAAUUACGACCUAGGAAAGGGUUGUACAAGUCAGAGGAAGUGAAACUCAAGCCAAAGGAAUAUAUAGAAGAAACCCUCAGUGUAGACGGCGUACCAACUGCCCUACAAGAUUUGAAUGCUAAACUGCAAACGGCUGUGAAAAAAGUUUUCCCUACGGAUUACCCAAGAAUAUUAUUUUUAGGCACCGGCUCUUGUAUACCCAACAAAACAAGAAAUACCAGCGGAAUUCUCUUGGAAAUCGGGAAUAACCAAAACAUAUUGAUAGAUUGUGGGGAAGGAACUUACGGACAAAUUGUGAGAUUUUAUGGGAGGUCCAAAAGUGACGAGGUGUUGGCCAAUAUCAAUGCAAUUUAUGUGUCGCACAUACACGCUGAUCAUCACAUAGGGAUCAUAGGAAUUCUACAAGGCAGAAAGGCUGCCUUGAAAAGUUUGAACAGAGAACAUAAACCUGUGAAAUUAUUUGCGCCUGUUCAGCUAUAUCCGUGGCUGACCUUCUACGAUAGAUAUUUAGAAGAUAUUCAAAGCGAAUAUAAGUAUAUAUCGAAUUCCGAAUUGUUACACACAGGACAUCAGCUAGAUAGAGAAAACUAUGAUGAAUUGAUCAAAAGUUUGAAUUUACAGGAUAUAAAUACGUGUCUAGUAAGACAUUGUCCAAACGCUUUUGGUGUUUCAUUCGUUCUCGACAAUGGUUUUAAACUGACGUAUUCUGGUGAUACGAUGCCUUGCGAAGAGCUGGUUCUGUUAGGUUCAGAAAGCGAUUUGCUGAUUCACGAAGCUACAAUGGAGGACGAUCUAGAGCAUGAAGCUAAAAUGAAGAUGCAUUCCACGACCACUGAGGCAAUAAUGGUUGGAAAAAGGAUGAAAGCGAAAUACAUCCUUUUGACACAUUUCAGUCAAAGAUAUUCCAAGUUGCCAAUUUUCAAUGAAAACUUCGCUGAAAAUGUUGGCAUUGCUUUUGAUAAUAUGAAAGUUAGAAUAGAUGAUCUUCCUUUAUUGCCACAUUUCAAUCCAGUUUUGAAGACAAUGUUCGUUGAACAUUAUGACGAAAUGGAACUGAAAGCUGUGAAACGACAUCUUAGACAAGAAAAACAAAAUGAAUUGUUAGACGACAAACGAAAAAUAAGAAAGACCCAGUAAUAAAAUAAUUUUAUUAACAA